CCGGUUCCGGCGUCGUGCGUCAUCGCUGGGCGACUGAAUUCGAGUUUUCGGUCAGGUUUGUCCAGGGGGUGCGGUCCUGUUCGGAAGGAGGUGGAGAGUUGGGGGUCACCAGGCGUAUCCUCUGCGUCACAGUCGGCCACCGGGGCUUGGCGCCGUCAUGGAGAGCGGAGGGCGGCCCUCACUGUGCCAGUUCAUCCUCCUGGGUACCACCUCUGUGGUCACCGCCGCCCUGUACUCCGUGUACAGGCAGAAGGCCCGGGUCUCCCAAGAGCUCAAGGGAGCUAAAAAAGUUCACUUGGGUGAAGAUUUAAAGAGUAUUCUUUCAGAAGCUCCAGGAAAAUGUGUGCCUUAUGCUGUUAUAGAAGGAGCUGUACGGUCUGUUAAAGAAACGCUUAACAGCCAGUUUGUGGAAAACUGCAAGGGGGUAAUUCAGCGCCUGACACUUCAGGAGCACAAGAUGGUGUGGAAUCGAACCACCCACCUUUGGAAUGAUUGCUCAAAGAUCAUUCAUCAGAGGACCAACACAGUGCCCUUUGACCUGGUGCCCCACGAGGAUGGUGUGGAUGUGGCCGUGCGAGUGCUGAAGCCCUUGGACUCAGUGGAUCUGGGCCUAGAGACUGUGUAUGAGAAGUUCCACCCCUCGAUUCAGUCCUUCACCGAUGUCAUCGGCCACUACAUCAGCGGUGAGCGGCCCAAAGGCAUCCAGGAGACCGAGGAGAUGCUGAAGGUGGGGGCCACCCUCACAGGGGUUGGCGAACUGGUCCUGGACAACAACUCUGUCCGCCUGCAGCCGCCCAAACAAGGCAUGCAGUACUAUCUAAGCAGCCAGGACUUCGACAGCCUGCUGCAGAGGCAGGAGUCGAGUGUCAGGCUCUGGAAGGUGUUGGCACUGGUUUUUGGCUUUGCCACAUGUGCCACCCUCUUCUUCAUCCUCCGGAAGCAGUAUCUGCAGCGGCAGGAGCGCCUGCGCCUCAAGCAGAUGCAGGAGGAGUUCCAGGAACAUGAGGCCCAGCUGCUGAGCCGGGCCAAGCCUGAGGACAGGGAGAGUCUGAAGAGCGCCUGUGUCGUGUGUCUGAGCAACUUCAAGUCCUGCGUCUUUCUGGAGUGUGGGCACGUUUGUUCCUGCACCGAGUGCUACCGCGCCUUGCCAGAGCCCAAGAAGUGCCCUAUCUGCAGACAGGCCAUCACCCGGGUGAUCCCCCUGUACAACAGCUAAUGGUUUGGAAGCCGCACAGCUUGGCAUGGUAGCUCCCCUGCCCCCCUUUUCAGGGAUUUUUAUCUCAAGGCCUUUGGAGGAGCAGUGGCAGGGGUAGCUGUCACCUCCAGGUAUGAUUGAGGGACCCACGCCUCCAGUGGGCAAGAUGCUGCCUUUCCCGCCUGAAUGGGGACCCUGUCCAUGUGGGGCCUGAGAAUCAGAGCCUCGCCCUGGGAGGCUGCCGUGGCGUCUCCUCCCAGGAGCCAGAUCAGUGCAAGUGUGACUGAAAACGCCUCAUCGUUUAAGCACCAAAGUCAAUGAUCAGCAGCCCUUCUGUUCCUGUGUCUUUUGUUUUUUUUCUGGUGAAUUGUUGCUUGCUGUGGACUUGGUGGAGGACUCAGUCAGAGGGGAGGAAAGGCCGGGCCCUGAGUACAACGGAUGCCUUGGGUGCUGCCUCCAAAGAGAUUCUGCCGCAGCUUUUCUUCUUUUUCCUCAUGCCCCGGGAGAUAGUCUUUCUUCAGAAUUGUCAGGCUGGGCGGGUCAACUUGUGUUCCUUUUCCUUCACUGGCUUGCCUCCUAAACGCCUGCAUGUGUGUAGAGGACAAAAGAAAGUGAAGUCAGCACAUCUGCUUCUGCCCAAAUGGUUGGGGCCCCGGGCAACAGAUUGGAGAGAGAGCGUGUGAAGGGCAGUUGGUCAGGCAGCCCUCCUGGUUUUGCCGCUGGCCUUGAUUUGAACUGCUACCACUUGGGAGAGCUCGGGGUGGUCCCUGGUUUUCCCUCCUGGAGAAUGAGGCGCAGAGGCUUCGCCUCCCGAAGGACACAGUGUGGACGCCGCUGGCCUAGUGUCCUGGCCUCACAGCUUCCUUGCAAGGCUGUCACAAGGAAAGCAGCCGGCUGGCACCCUGAGCGUACGGCCUUUCAGGGCUCCCUCAUCCAGCCUGUCGCAGUGUUGACAUCUUGGUGUACUCAUAUCGCUUCUCCUUUUGUUACCCCCUCCCUGUAUUACCAUUUGCCCCUCUCCUGCCCUUGGUGAGCCUUUGAGUGCAAGACAAAUGGGGCUGUCUUCCCCCACCUCUGAGUAGUCGGAGGUCACAUACACAGCUCUUUUUUAUAGCCCUUUUCUGCCUUUGAAUAUUCAUAUCUCGUCCGCCUUUGUGCAGGUGAGGAAGGGGUGCCGUCAGGGGCCUACACUAGUACGAUGCAGUGUCCAGUGUGAAUAGCACAAAUUAAACAUGUUGCAACCAA